CAACGGAUUUGUUUUUUGUUCGUGUUGGAUUUAUUUUUGUUUAUUUUUACAUGUAUUAUCUCGAAAAUAAACCACUGGAGGAAAGAGCAAAUGUUCUCAGUGAUUUGUCCUUAUAUACGAUUAUUUUUUGUAUAUAAAAUCAUGAAUGGACACAACGAAAAUACUGCGAAUAGCAGCAAAUUUGCGCCGAUGCCCAUGUCGGCAUUGUUGGCCAAUUUGAUGCCUCUGCAGAAACAAUCUGACAGUCCUGAUUCAAGUUUUGCAUCUAGUGAUGAAAGUGAUAGCUCAUUUAGUGAAACUGUUGCGAAAAAGCGGUCCCCAAAACGUAACAUAAACAGAGAAUUUCGAACGCCUAACCUCAAGGUAUCCAAACCUGUUGACAUCAAAAGUUUUGCUUCCGAGAAGAAAGUCGUAACCUCUGAUCACAACAAAGAGAAUUCGAACACAGAUUGGAUAUCAAAUCAGACUUAUCCCCACAAAGAUGGUCAUAUUGUUCAAAGUGGAAACAAAAAAGUUUUAACUAAUGUUUAUCCCAAUUCUGAAGUUAAAAAGCCUAAUGUUUUAAUUCCAUACAAUAGUAAUGCAAAGUUACCACAAACCAUUGUUAGUUCAACCCAAAAAAAGACUCCAGAAAUAGUGAAACAUCAAGUUAAUGUGCUCAAAACGAAAACAGUGACACCAAAAAUUAAAACAGGUAUAAGAAAGUUUACUCCUGGAUCAGGGAAACAUAGUAAUAAGAAGACUCCUCAAAAAUUAUUGGCACAGAAUAGGGAUAGGGUGAGAUGUGAACUAUUUACUCAGAAACCAGUCAAAGAUGAGCUGGGUCCACCAGCACGGCCGGAGCCAGCCCCGGUGGCCUCAACACCUGUAGCGGCAGUGCCCGAGACGCCUUUAAACAGAAAAGCCCUACCAGUAGCAUAUGCCGCCACCCCCUCAUACCCUCAAGGUGCACCAGGCAAUAAUAACUCAAAAAUAUUAUUUAAGACAACAAGUAUAAAAGACAAAAAGUAUUUAUUUAUAAAAAAGUUGGGAACAGGAGGUUCUAGUGAAGUUUACAAGGUAUUAGAAGUUGGCUCGUCCAGUGAGUACGCUGUGAAAUGUGUGUACCUCGCCACGGAUCACGAGCUAGCGCAGGGCUACAUCAAUGAGGUGCGGCUGCUGCGAGAGCUGCAGAACUCGGACAGAGUCAUACGGCUGUUUGAUUACGAAUACGAUAGAACCAAUCAGCUGCUGCGCAUGGUGCUGGAGGUGGGGGAGACGGACCUGUCGUCGUUCCUGAAGGCUCGCGGCGCCGGCCUGCCCCCCGCCCUCGUGCUACACUACUGGGAGGAGAUGCUGCAUGCCGUGCAUUACAUACACGAGCAUGGCGUGAUCCACGCGGAUUUGAAGCCGGCUAACUUCCUGCUGGUGUGCGGCCGCCUCAAGCUGAUCGACUUCGGCAUCGCGUCGGCGAUCAGCAGCGACGCCACCAGCGUCGUCAGGUCUCAGGCUACCGGCACAUACUCUUACAUCAGCCCCGAGGCGCUGAUGGGCGGCGCCGGCGGCUACGGGGUCAGCGCUGGCGACGGAAAUGCUCCCAUUAAGAUCUCGUUCCGAUCGGACGUGUGGUCGUUGGGCUGCAUACUGUACAGCAUGGUGUACGGGCGGACGCCCUUCGGCCACAUCCCCAAUCUGGCUAAGCUGGCCGCCAUCUUGGAUCCCCACCACCGCAUAGAAUACCCGCCCGUCGAGCACCUCCCUCCGACCCUGGUCGCGGCGCUGAAGUGGUGCCUGACAUACAAUGCGCGCGCGCGGCCCUCCGUGCGCGAGCUGCUGUCCACCCCGUACCUGCAGCCGGCGCGCGCGCCGCUCCCGCCGGCGCUGCUCGACAAGCUGCAGCCGCUCGUCUCCGACCAGGAGUUCCGGUUACUGCAACGGGCGCAGGUCUAGCGAACCAUAGGUAUCGAGUGCUUUGAA